AUGAACAGGGUAUGCCUACUCGUGGCGCUAUGCUUGGCUCUUUUACACCCUAGCAAAAGUGUUAAUGAUCAGCACACGGGGGGUAUAUGCCUCACCCUCCAGAGGACAAGCAACCUGUGCGCAAAGACCAGGAGGGGAAGAAGCCACAAAGGAAGAAAUGCCUCCCCCCCGUGGUCUAGCUUAAGCUGCAAACAAAUUAGCAUUGUAAAGCGACCGAAGAAGCUGUGCAAGUACCUUUUCUACAAUCCCAUCCAUCCACACGGAAGGAACAAACGUGUCCACGGUGGAGAGAAACAAUCCAGAGAUGACAGCGAACGGGGGAAUAAAACAACACCGUACCCAUCCGUAGGUCGAUCUGAGAGUAGGCGCUACUAUAAGGGAGAUUACCAUGCACCGAGGUCUUGGUCCAUUUUUUCGUUACACGAUGGGUGUGAACAGGACAGAGAUGGCGUGAGGAGGAAGCAAAUUACUGACCCACAGCAGGAUGACAAUGCAAGUUCCCGUUGUGAAGAAAACGAACUGAUGAGAAGGGGAAAUGCGGUAGAAGAGGUGAACGAACGGGGGGGUGCACGAAACCUGAGUGCAAACUCCCACACGGAUGGAACACACAGCUCAAAUGGCACAGCCCAUUCGAACGAGGAAAACCUAUCCAAGGCAAUGAAACAAGCAGAGGAGUAUAUCAAGGGAAAGGAGGACGACGUGUUGGAAAGGAGAGAAGUACAGAAGAAGAAAGAGAUUAUUGAAAAUUUAAAAGGGCAAGAGGACGCUUUUACGGAUAAGUUCCUAGACCUUGGUAUGUAUGAUGUGCUGAAGCACGUAUAUGAGGAGGGUUUGUGCGCAGAUUCGAAGAGCUUGGUGGAGGCCGUGUGCAGGUGGAUGCGCAGAGCCUACGAAGGGGGAGUCGCAGAGAAGGGGGCAGAGGAGAAGACUUCACCCCGCAUGGAUAACUCCCCGGAUACAGCCUACCUCGUGGAGAAGGACCUCGCGGACAACUACAGCCCGGGCGGGGGAGAGAAAAUUGUGAACCACUUCCAGUUGGAUCCCCCAGGGGGGAAAAAGGGAAGUGCGCAGGUGGAGUCACUGAAACUGUACAACAGGAAAAAUUUGAAAAAAUAUUUCCUUUCCCUAAACAGAGGCAAUAUCCUAAAACAGCUAGUGAUUGAAGGGGAGGACGAAAUUCUGGACUCUACAGAAGAAUCUCGAAGAAAACGGAACGACGUAGAAAAGCUAUCAGAUGAACAGGUGAGGGAGGUUAUAUCCUCUAAUAGCAUCCUAAAUUGUGAUUUGGAUACGUACGUCGAUAAGGAGAGAUACCUGCAGUCCAACGUUACAGUCGAGUUUAACAUAUACGACACAUUUAGCGAUCGUGUUAUUCUAAAUAAUAGGAAUACAAAUUCUACUAUGCUGGAAUUUCCUCUCAUGUAUAGCCACCAUAUUAUACAGAAAUGUAUUUUAACAAUGAAGAAGCUGGAGAAGGCCAUCUUCUACAUUAACAAUAACUUUUUGUUUGGUCUCUUUUCCCCUCAAGAGGAACCCAUGAAUGAAGAUGACAGACGUGUGUACGACGUCAUUACCAAUGAGAGUUGGGUAAAAAUGGAAAUUUACCUGUGCAAUAUUUACAGGAUGGAUGAGGAAUGGAUGGGUAUCACUCCGGAGACAUUUGCGGAUGAAGCCAGGGCGAGUAGCUUCCUCCAGUCCUACUCGGGGGGCGGGGCCAGCAACUUGGUUUGCAAUCCGGGGGGGGGAUCAACUUCCGCGGGACAAAUGGGAGAAUUGCAUUCCACGUUGAAUGGAAACCGAACUGCCACAUCGGGGGAAGAUAGAACUUCCCCUUUGCAUGAAGACCAAAGUGCCACAUCGAAUAGGGACCCCCCUUGCACAACCAGCGAAGAUGCCAUCCCCGGCGCUACUUCUGUGGAAGGUACCUUGUCCAGACGCAGGGAGGAAAUAGAACGCAGGCGGGAGGAGUACGAAUCGAAGAAGGACAUUGCAAUCAAGAGCGAGUUCCUAAUGAAGAAAUUAGAGAACGAAAUGAAGUACGACCCGAACCACUACAUGUGGAGGGACCUGUACCCACAGCUAGACGACAGAGGAAAGGAAAGAACGGACAAAUAUUUUAAGAACUUCCAGAAGGAGAUGACCGAAAAUAAAUGUAGCCGGGGUUACACGGAUAACAUAAAAAAGAAGCAACAAUUAAAAGGUUAUGACAUCGGAGAGAAAAUAGAAGGGAGAGCAAAGCAUUAUAUAUGGCAAGAAACAAUCCAUGCGUUCAUUUUGUAUUUUCCACUGCGUCCAUACAUCACCAAAGAGGAUAUCAACAUCGAUAUGGACAAUACUUUUUUUUUUCUUUCAAUACGUGGACAUACCAUUGUAAAGGAUUUUUUCAACAAGCCAAUCAAUUCUGCGGACUCCAUUUGGUCUCUCACUGACAGAGAAGAAGACAUCGCAAUGGGAAAUAUGUCCAUGCAGAGAGAACACGGAAAAGCAGGUCGGGGUGAAUUCCCCCUGCUCGAAAUUACCCAUAUGGAUGAUUCGGAUAUCCAAAAAAUGAUGAAGCGGAAAUAUUGCCUCGUGUACAAUAUUUACAAGGACAACAAUCACAAGUAUAUGUGGGGGUCCAUAUUUAAAGCAUCCUGA